GCUGUGGGUACCAAGAUGGGACCCGAGUCCCUGUCCCCAGUGCAUCACAGAGGUUGCAGGAGCUCGCACAGUCGCACUGUCCAGUGUGGGAGCUGGGCCGGGAACUGCGGAGCGUGGAGUCCUCAGAAGCCAGCUCUCCCGGGCCCAUGAGCACCCUGGAUCGGGCCAUCUCACUGCUGUCACAAAAACGAACAGGAUGCUCAGGGGAGUGUCACAGCAGACAACCAACCAGCUUCCCACUGGCGUCUAAGUCUGUCCUCACAGCAGGGCUGGGACACAGGUGUCAUUAGCCUCACUUUGCGAAGCGGCUCGUCAAGGAUCCCACACUCCGUAUACCGCCCAGCAGGAGCUGAGAGUCUCGGCCCCUCCCGUCCGCCAGACUUUGGCCGGAAAGGAAUUUGGUCCGCCCGACCCUCCGUGUUCACGAGUGAAGCAGCAUGGACGCCGUCAGCCAGGUCCCGAUGGAAGCCGCGCUCCCCAAGCACAUCCUGGAUAUCUGGGUCAUUGUCCUCAUCAUCCUGGCCACCAUUGUCAUCAUGACCUCCCUGUUGCUGUGCCCUGCAACGGCAGUCAUUAUCUAUCGCAUGCGGACUCAUCCUGUCCUCAACGGGGCCGUCUGAGAUCAGUCUCCUAAGAGUGAUGUGGACGAUGUCCCCUCCCCCAACCUCUUCCUUCUCCAGAAAGCAGCAAGAGAGGCUUUGGAGUGUGGGCUCUGGAGCCUGUCCUGUGAGAAGAGACCGGGGUUCUUGUUUGGAUUCUGCCACCGGCCAGCUGUGUGAGUCCAAGCAAGGGACCUAAUUCUGUGGGUUCCAGGUUCCUUCUCUUUUAAAUGGGGAUCAUGAUCCCUGCCCUUCCUACCUCAUAGGGUUGCAAGGACCAAUGACUUGGUGGAGAUGAAAGCUAUUUGCGAUUGUGAGCAGUAAGGCCGCCACUGUGAGGUGUUACUGCUCAAUGCUGAGAAGCUUCGAAGAACCAAAGCACCUAAUUGCUGACAAUGGCCUUCAAGUGGGUGAAGAAGACGCUGGGGGCAGAACAGCCUUCACCAGUGCCCCCAAGGUCGAACAAAGCAAAGGCAUCCUGUCCUCAUUCCAAAGGGCCAGAAGCACCUUGGCUCAAAGACAUUUUCUUUGUGGUACCACUCCCUCAAGUUAUGUAAUUUGGAGGGAAUUGAGCGUAUUAGGGGGAGGGAGUUGGGUGGAGCUUCCCAGGACCUCCUCUGUGCCAGAACAUCUACCCCUGUAACAAUCUAAAGGAGGCUCCGCUAUUUCUUGGCAAUGCCAAGGGAUCUGGGGUGAUGGGCUUCUUUCUGCAUUGGGAGUCUCCUCGCUUUGACACUCAAGCAAUGUUGGGAAACACAGGGUGGCUGAGUGGCCUGGGCAGCCUUCAGGAUCUCCAGCCCCCACCCACUUGUGUGCCCCACAUUCGAGGAGCUCUGUACCCCCACCCUGAGCACCCUCUGUAACCAGCUCCAUGGUGUAAAGUGUCCACCCUUCAUUCCCUCCCACUAGCACUGCAGCCAGUCUAAGCUACAGAUUUUAAGAGAUGUUCCCAGGAUUUUUGGAACUAACUCAAAACAAUGGUUAUUUUAGAUGGUAUGAUCUAUAUUUAUAGAGAGAGAUUUCUGGACCACUCAAGCUUCUUGACCAAAAUCAGGAACAUCUUGGGAUGUAUUAAAUUAUGUAAAAAGAUAGCACAGAUGUCAGAAUAUUGUGUGAACUGAUGCUUUUAUGUGGUCUGAUUUCAUUGAUGUAUACAACCAAUUUCCAAUAAAGUGCUAGAAUGAA